UUUUGUUUGAAUCAGAAUUUUUUAAUAUUCAUUUAAAAUCAAUAACUCUGAUUAGUUUUUAGAUAAGCUUAAAAAUUUAAAUUACUUAAUUGAAUAGAUGGAAGAUCAAAGAUAAGUAGGAUUAAUAAAAAUUAAUGGAUUCUCUAAUGGUUUACACCCGUUACAAAUAUUUGCAUAUUUAGUAUAUAUAUCAGCAUUGAUCGUAUUCGCAAUUUGCGUGUUUCCAUUUUUUAACACUUAAUUACAGAUAAUAUCUGGGGUAUUAUACUACAUAAGUCUAGGAAUUAUGGCAUUGUUGGCCAUAGUAUGCAGUUACUCUGAUCCAACAGACCCAAUCAUUCGUAAAGAAAAACUAGCGCGCAAAAAUAACCUUGAAUAUGAUACAAUUGAGUAUGAAUAUUAUUGUAGUACAUGUAUUUCUCAUGUUUAGGAUGGAUCGAAACAUUGUAGAUAAUGUGAUAGGUGUGUGAAUGGAUUUGAUCAUCAUUGUAAAUGGCUAAAUAAUUGCAUUGGAAAAGAAAAUUAUAGAAUAUUUUAUUAUUUGAUAGGAUUUGUUUUCAUAAAUAGUGUAAUCUAUUGUGUGUUUCUGAGCUAUUCAUUGGCUAAUAUUUAUGGUAGUGAAUAUAAUUAUAAUUUUUCAGGUCAUUCUUAUACCUCUUAUGUAGUCAUGAAAAUAUUCGUAUGGAUCUAUUUAAUAUUUAUCGCUUUUUUUGGUUUGCUGGACAUAAAUCUUUUCCUUUUUCACACAUGGCUUUCGAUGAAUCAUCUUACUACAUAUGAGUAUAUUAUUAAUUCUAGAGCAGCUAAACAAGAAAAAAUUCCUUAUGGAAUAUGUUCUGGAAUAAAGGAGUUCUAAUCUUUCUAAGAGUAAUAAAACUAAAAUAAUAUACAAAAUGACAAUACAUAUACUAAACCAAAGAGAAAGGAUACUAUCUAAGAGAUGGAUAAUCAAUUAAUUGCGAAAAUUUGCUGCUGCUUAAAGAAGAAAAAGAAGAAAAUAAACUCUAUCAUUCCUAUUGAUUUUGCAGAAUAAAAUUUAGACCAGAUCAAGUAGAGCAAUCAAAGAGAAUAAAAUGAAGAAGAGGAUGAAUAAGAUAAUUAAAAUAAUCUGAAUCCUUUUAGUUAAAAUAUAAUUGAAGGAUUAAUAGAAAAAUCAAUUUGCAACAGUGCAGAUGUUUAAGAAGAAGAUUUAAGGACGGAAAUAGGGAGACAGGAACACAAUAACUAACAAGUCCCUUAGCAUUAAAGCAAUAAAAAAUUUAGCAAUAAAACAAUUAAAUCAAAAAAUAAAAAAGGAUAAACAAAUCAAAUAAUAAAUAAAUCAAACACUUAAGAAAUAUAAAUGCAAAACAUAAAUUGCUUUUAAGAAUUAAAUCCAUUCUCAUAAGUUUAAAAUAAAAAUUAGUAAACCAAUUAAUAAUCAAGCUAAUUUUAUAAACAAGAUUUAGGUAGUGGAGCUACAAUAACUGGUCAUCCACUAGUUAAUAACUUGGAUAACUCUCCAAAGAGUUAAUCUCAUAAAUAAUCUGAUUUUGGCUUAAGCAAAAAUUUAGAUUUCAAUACUUAAAAGUUAAAUUAAACAGACUUUAUGUAAGAAAAAAAUAGAAAAAAAAGAUCUAUGGAUUUAUUUCUGUAGCCAAACUCUGUCUAGCUGAAACCAGAUUAGAAUAACCACUUUAAUCUAUAAAAUUUAUAGUAAAUUGAAUAAGAGAUCUAUUUGAACAGCUAAUCAUUUAGAGAUAAUAAUGAACAUCAAAAUUUAGAAUCUAAGAGUAAUAGAUUAUUCAAUAAUAAAAAUUUUAUAGGUUAAGGAGAUAUAGCUCCAAAUUCUAAAAAAUAGACCAAUAUUUUAAGUAAUAAAUCUACAAAAUUCUAAGAUGUUUUUGAAGAUAACAAAGAUCAGAAAUUAAAAGCAGAUAAAUCUAAAAUGUAAUCAAAUGGAAAUAAAAGAUCAUUUUAAAAAGAAAAUUUAUCAAAAAAUAGUACUAUUAAAGCCACGUUUUCUCAUAGAAAUACUAAUGAAUUCAGUGAUACAAAUUCUGAUAAAGCAAAGGAAAGCUCAAUGUUAAAAAUGAAAGAUAACCACUAUGGAGCAUUAUCUCCAAAUAAUUUUGAUUAAAGUAAAGAAUUAGUCAUUAAGGAUAUAAAUAAACAUGAUGAAGAUAAGGCUAGAACACAAAAUUCUUUGAAAAAUGGCACUUCAAACCAUUUGGAUUAAUUUGAGAUUGGAAAUGUUAUAUAUAAUUAUCAAGAUAACAUUCAAGAAAAACCUUUUACAAUUAAUGCAUUCCUAACUUCUAUAAAAACUGGUGAAUAAACCCCUUAAGAAAAUUAAGAAAAAUUGGAAUUUAUCAAUUACAAAAAUAAUAAUUAAGCUGAUUAAAGUUUUAAUAAAAAUGAUGAAAUUACCUAAUAAAGACAAUAUGAUUUAUGA